AUGGAAGAUACUGAGAGUGAGGAGCCCAGCAAAUAUGUUUGUUCUGAAUAUGAGAGUUCCCAGACAGAGGGUCUAGUAGAAGGUCUUAUAGAAAGUAGGAUGGUAGUGCAUGAGGGUGAGAGGGAGGCUAUAGCUGAUUGGGUUCUAGCCUUGCCUCAUACACCAGAGGUGGGCUCGAGCAAUCAGGCAUCACCGUCAGGGUCCGUGGGUGUAGUCGUGGCUUCAGCUUCAGAAGGAGUGGACAUACAAGUUGGUGUCCCUUUGGCUAGGCGGAAUACUCUUAUAGAAGUGAAGUUGGCCAAUCUUCGAAUAGAUUAUAGUGUUCCACCCUAUGUGGGCUUGAGGUUACCCACUGCAACUGAUGUGGUACCGAUGAUGUUAGCCAAGCUGGGGUAUGCGCCGGAGCAAUAUAAUCCCAACUUUUGGAUUCUUCUGCAUGGGGUUUACAUUGCCUGGUGGUUGAUUGGGUUGGGGGAGCCAACAUUUGAGCAGUUCAUGUACCUAUACUCGAUUUCGAAGCAACAUUGGAGUUUUGGUUGGGUACAAGACAAUUGCCGAAUGGCAAAAGAGAGAGGUUAUUUUAUUGGUCACAAGCCUUCGACACAGAAGUCCUGGAGGAACAGGUGGUGUCUGGCUUAUGGUGACUGGGAGUGUUUGCCAGGGAAGACCGUCACCAAACACAUUCCUACCCACUUCCAGUUUAUAGGUUCGGUGAAGUGGGGGCCGAUCUCCAAGGAGCAAGAAGACGAAGUUGAGAGUAGACCUGACAAUAUUGCACACGACCGUUUACACACGACACGAAUUCGCAAGAAAUUAUCAGUAUUUGGGUUGAGCUUAUUGGGUCGGGUUGAAAACGGGUGA